AUGGAUUCUAUUCGACAACGUGAUAGACGAGCAAAGUCAAAACAACGGCUGCAAAAUGAGUUGGAAAAAGUUUUACGAAGGAGUGAAUUUGCAAAUAAAUCCUUUCCAGAAGAAACUAGUAAAGGCUUGUCCACCUAUGAUUAUCAAGAGACAACAACAUCGAGUCCUCUUACACUCGAAGACAUCGCACCGAUGGAAACUAGUCAUAGUUUGGAUGCUGGAGCACAUGUGGAUGUAAUUGAAGAUCCAGUUUCGAUGACGCAAUUUCCUAUUCUUGAAGAUAUUGCUGAAGAAGAUGAUUGUGUCAUGGAAGAAGCUGAUAAGGAAGGAAUUGUGUUACAGAAUGAUGAAAGUUGUUUCAGCACCUUAUAUACAGAGAGAUUCUUUUCACCAUCUAGUUCAACUAUUUAUCUCAAUGAAAUAUUUAGUGGUAUUGAAUUGAAAUAA